GGUUGAAGUGUAAAUGGAUACAUGACACAGUUGUUUGGGGGAAAAGCUAUCUUCAGGAAAACCGUUAACGUCCACAAAUUUGUCAGCGGGAUUUUGACAUCGCACCGACUGAGAGCUCCGUGUAGAUUCGGCCGCGAUGGAGGCGGUCCCCCGGAUGCCUAUGAUCUGGCUGGAUCUGAAAGAGGCUGGGGAGUUCCAGUUCAGCCCGUCCGUGAGGCAGUUCAUCUUAAAGAACUAUGGAGAGAAUCCGGACAACUACAACGAACAGCUGAAGAAACUGGAGACGCUGCGGCAGAGCGCAGUGAAUGUGACGAGGGAUUUCGAGGGAUGCAGCACACUGAGGAAGUACUUUGGCCAGCUGCAUUAUCUGCAGAGCCGGGUGCCCAUGGGAACCGGCCAGGAGGCUGCAGUACCCAUCUCAUGGACUGAAAUUUUCUCUGGAAAAACAGUCACCCAUGAUGACAUCAGCUAUGAGCAAGCCUGCAUCCUCUACAAUCUGGGGGCUUUGCACUCCAUGUUGGGAGCCAUGGACAACAGGGUAUCUGAGGAGGGGAUGAAGGUGUCCUGCACUCAUUUCCAGUGCUCAGCAGGAGCCUUCUCCUACCUCAGAGACCAUUUCAGCCACAACUUCAGUGUGGAUAUGAGCCACCAGAUUCUGAACCUCAACAUCAACCUUAUGCUGGGCCAGGCUCAGGAAUGUCUUCUGGAGAAGUCCAUGUUGGACAACAGGAAGAGUUUCCUGGUUGCUCGCAUCAGUGCUCAGGUGGUGGAUUACUACAAAGAAGCAUGCAGGGCUCUGGAGAACUCGGAGACAGCUUCCAUGCUGGGAAAGAUCCAGAAAGACUGGAAGAAACUGGUUCAGAUGAAGAUUUAUUACUUUGCUUCUAUCGCGCAUCUUCAUAUGGGAAAACAGGCAGAGGAGCAGCAGAAGUAUGGAGAACGGUUGGCUUACCUGCAGAGCUCCUUGGACAAACUCAAUGAAGCCGUCAAACUAGCCAAGGGACAACCUGACAGCGUGCAAGAGGCCCUGAGGUUCACCAUGGAUGUUAUCGGUGGAAAGUUUAACUCUGCCAAAAAGGACAAUGAUUUCAUUUAUCAUGAGACUGUUCCGUCUCUGGAGACUCUAGCCUCUGUAAAAGGUGCUCCUCUGGUGAAAGCUCUGCCGGUCAAUCCCACCGACCCGACUGUCACUGGACCAGACCUUUUUGCCAAACUGGUGCCCAUGGCUGCCCACGAAGCCUCUUCUUUGUACAGUGAAGAAAAGGCCAAGCUGUUGAGGGAUGUGAUGGCUAAGAUUGAAAGCAAGAAUGAAACACUAGAGCAGUUCAUGGACUCUCUAGGCUUGGAGCCAGAGUCUGUAGACAACCUCGAUAUGUACAACCACCUUCCUCCGGUCCUGAUGGAGAAGUGUGCUGCCCUCAGCGUCCGUCCUGACACCGUCAAGAGCCUCAUUCAGUCCAUGCAAGUGCUCUCUGGUGUCUUUACUGAUGUGGAGUCUUCACUGAAAGAGAUCAGAGAUGUGCUAGAGGUGGAUGAAGCAGGUGAGCGAGCCCUCCAGGAAGUUGGUGGCCCUGCUGUGGGUGAGUUGCACCCAGCUGCCCAGGGCCAGGCUCUGGCUGAAAUCCGCAGAGACCUUGAGAAGUAUAUGGAGGCUCACGAGAAGGCCAGUUUUACCAACACGGAGCUCCACCGGGCCAUGAACCUGCACAUCAGCAAUCUGCGUCUGUUGGGGGGGCCACUGGAUAGUCUGAGAGAAGCCCUGCCACGGCCACAGCUGAGUGAAGAACUUGUGUCUCUCCAGCACAUAUUUGAGGAGCAGCUGAAGAAGUACGAACAAGUAAAGGUAUACAUCGACCAGAACCUCGCAGCGCAGGAAAACAUCUUGAAGGCUUUAACCGAAGCCAAUGUUCAAUACGCUUCUGUUCGGAAAAGCCUGACCCAGACUGAGCAGCAGUGGAACACAACUAUCCAGGGACUGGUGGGCUCAUAUGAAGCCUACGAGGACCUGAUGAAAAAAUCACAGGAGGGAAAAGAGUUCUACGAUGACCUGGAAGCUAAAGCAUCACGUCUACUGGAGAGGGCAAAGGCCCUGUGUCAGACCAGGGCAGAGGAAAGGAAGCCCAUACUCGAAAAAGAGACCCAGAAAAAGCCACCAGCGAGGCCGACGGCAGCUAAGCCGUCCCUUAAGCCAAAGGAUGUUGACUCCACCUCUUCUAGCCUAGAGGAUCCAGAACUGGCCCAGAUCAAUGCGGCCAUCUUGGCCUUGGGAGGUGACCUGCCUGAGGAUCUCCGCAGCCUGCCUCCUGAUAUUCCUUCCCUCCCUCGCACUGCAGCACAUCUGCCUGGUCCUGAUGCCUACAUGCAACCUGGUGCUAACUUGGGUAGCACCUCUCUGCCUUGGCCGGCUGCUUCAGCUGCUGGUCUUCCGUGCUUCCCUGCUAACCUGCCACCUCCAGAACUCCUGGCACGGAUUGCUCAGUUUCCUACUGCAGGGACUCAUGGAGCACAGGGACCCCUGCCACGUGGGCCCCUACCACAGAUGACUCCACAGAGGCCUCCACAAAUGCCACCCCAGGCAGGGCUCCCUAGCUAUCGGCCUCCCCCUCCUCAAGCUCCCCAACCUGGCCAUGUUGCCCCUGUCCCUGUUCGACCUUCAACCACCACGGUUGACAGCAUCCAGGCACCUAUACCCAGCUACACCCCCACACAACACCACCCUGUCCCACCUGCAGCCUCAGCUGGUUACACUGUGCCUCCACAGAUAGGGGCAUACCCCCAGUUUGUUCCCCAACCGACAGGUCCCAUUCCGGGUGUAGGCCAGACUCCCCAGUCCCAACAGCAGAAGCAUCCACAGCAGUACCCCCAGCCAAUUGGACAACCACUCCCUCAGGGCUACCAGCCCGGACCAAGGGCUGUUCCUGGCUCUCAUCCUCUUCAAAACCAACAAACCUACCCACAUCCAUAUAUGCCCCAACAGCCUGGUGUUCCUCCCCAGUACCAGCAGGCAUUUCCAGGUCAGCUACAGUCACAACAAAAUGGCUUUCAGGCGAAGCCUCCAAGAGCCCAAGGCUACCAGACUCCACAGGGCUACAUUCAACACCCUCAAAUGAUGCCAGGCUCCAUGCCAAGGCCACCUCAGAUUACACACCCACCAGGACCCCCAUCUUCUCAAGCAGCACCCCCUGUAUCUCAACCCUACCCACCCCAUUCCAACCAACAGAUGCCCCAAGCACUCCCUCAUCAACACAUGUUACCACAGCACCAACAGGUCUCCAUGCCCCCCGGUGCCCAGCAGAUACCGCCUCACCCACAGAUGCAAAUACCAGGUGGUCCCAGAGCACCAGUGCCCCCCACAAGUCAGCCGAUGCCUCCAGUUUCACAAAACUACAUGCCCUCAACGAGCCAACCCAUCCACUCUACAAUGCACCCACAGAUGCCUCCUGUUUCACAACCCCAUAUGGUUCCUGGUCCUCAGGGCCACUUGCCAAGGGGGCCUAUGCCUCAAAUGCCCUCCAAUACGCUACCCCCACAGCACCACCAUCACCCCGGACAGCCUCCCAUGCCAAAUAUGCCGCAGCAGCCCAUGCGGAUGCCCAACCAACCCCAAUCUCAGCUGCCUCAUCCUGGGGGCGUAUGCUACCCUGGAGCAGCGCCAAUGAUGCCUCAGCAGCCUCUGGCACCACAGCCUGCUGCUCCGCAACAACCUCAGGCUCCUCUUCCUAUGACACAUCCACAGCCUUCAGCUAUGUAUUCUCCAGCUCCAGGACCUAAUGUACCUUCAAGUGCCCCACAGCCACCCACUGCCAUAGGCCCACAUGGUAUACAUGCCCCACCUACUCAGCACAUGAUUCAGCCCACUCCUGGAGGCCCUACAGUAUCACAGCCACCCAACAGUAUCCCACCUUCCCCUUCACCUUCUCCCUCCCCAGCACCCUCUCCAGGUCCGUCUUCUCUAGGUCUGAACCCUCAGCAGAGGCCCGCUCCAACCCCGACUCCUGGAGGCACAGCCCAAUCGACUCUUCCCUCUCCCUCUGCUGUUUCUCCCUCCACUUCACUGUUUGAACGACAGAACUCAAGCACAGAUGACCUCCUGUCCUCAAGUCCAGAGAGCCAACCGGGAGGCACCAAGGCCCCCACUAAUGUUCUCCAACCCACCAAAGCUGACCCUCAGGAUGGGGAGCGUAGAAAGAAAAGCUCCCAGGGAGUUCUCUUGAUCCAGGGUGACCCAUACCAGGCCCCAGAGCGUGUCGCCCGCCUUCACAGUGAACUAGAACGUUACAGAGCCCAAGUAGAUUCCCUGGAGAACCCCUCAGAGAAUGAGGGAGGGCUUUCUGUGCUGGAUGCCCGCUGGAAAGAGCUACAGGACCAGCAGGAGAAAGAUGCUCGCCAGCUUUCCAUUGCUAUUGCCCGCUGCUACACCAUGAAGAACCGUCAUCAGGACGUAAUGCCCUAUGACAUAAACCGAGUGGUGCUACAGUCAGGGAAAGAUGACUACAUUAACGCUAGCUAUGUGGAAGACCUGUCACCAUACUGCCCACGCCUUAUUGCCACGCAGGCUCCGCUCACCGGCACAGCAGCAGAUUUCUGGCUGAUGGUUUAUGAGCAGAAAGUGUCACUGAUUGUUAUGCUGGUUUCGGAUCAGGAGCUGGAAAAGGGAAAGGUUUGGCGUUACUUCCCAACGGAGCGUGGCCAGCAACUCUCUCAGGGACCAAUAACACUCAGCCUAACAACACAGAAGAUGACACCAACACACGUGGAGCGCAUGAUCAGUCUGCAGUACCGUGACCAAAGCCUAAAGCGGACUGUUGUCCAUCUCCAGUUUACUUCCUGGCCAGAGCUGGGCCUUCCUGAUAGCAAGAACAAUCUGCUGCGGUUCAUCCAAGAGGUUCAUGGACACUACCUUCACCAGAGACCCUUACAUACACCUGUUGUUGUGCACUGCAGCUCGGGUGUUGGACGCACUGGCGCCUUCUGUCUGCUGUAUGCUGCUGUUCAGGAGCUGGAUGCAGGAAAUGGGAUCCCAGACCUUCCACUGCUGGUGAAGAAGAUGAGACAACAGAGGAAGAACAUGCUACAGGAGAAGCUCCACCUGAAGUUUUGCUACGAGGCUGUUUUGAAGCACGCCGAACAGGUUCUACAACGCCACGGCAUCACGACCGCCACCUGCAGCAAGAACACCAACUCUGCAGCCACAAAGCCUUACCCGAGACAGGAAUCUCAGCAGGAUAUUGUCCUCGGCGGUGACAUGCCCAUCAGCUCCAUUCAAGCCACCAUCGCUAAACUAAGCAUCCGGCCUCCAAGUACCACGGAUGCAGGCAUGGAGGCUGAGGAGCAGGUCGGCCCUCUCUUACCUGCUCUUGACUCACUGGGGGACAUCCAGCAGCUCCAGGAUCUCUGUCCUGCUACAGAUCCACAGCCCCCAUCCUCCUUAAGCCCGCCUCUCACUUCCCCCACUGCCUCUCCUCCACCACCCAACGGGCUAGAUGCCGUUUCCCCUUCUUCUCUGCCAGCACCCAACCAUCAGCCAGUCCCAGAGGCUCCACCCAGUGUUCCUCCUGCUUCCUCUGCACCGGUUCCUUCAUCUCUGGAGCUCCUGGCCUCGCUGACGCCUGAAGCCUUCUCCAUGGACGGGGUGGGUCGAGGGAAACAGCGGGUGACAAAACAAAGCUUUCUGCAGCCGGCAGAAGGCCAGGGUCUCCACGGAACUCGAGUGGACGAAGGAGACGACCCGCUCAGUAGCCUGGAUCCCCUCUGGAGCCUCAGCAAGCGUUGAGAUGAAACUAUAGAUUUCUGCCUUUCACCCACUUUACCACCAGGUGUCAGUGAUGGCCUGUAGCGCUUUCUAAUCCUGCUUUAAAAAGAAGGAAAAAAAACUAAACAAAUUGGCUUGGAGAUAUUUUUAGUGGUUGAUUACCAAGAUGUGCCUAGUGGCAGAUUGUAAGGGUUCAGUUUUGAAGAUUGAAAGGUGUACUUGCACUGCUUUAGGGGUGUGAGGCUUGAAACUAAAAACACUUGCUUCUCCUUCAAUCACUGAUGGCUUCUGGGACCAGAACACUAUGCACUCGUUGGUAUUCCUUCAUUCUUUGCCGCUCUUUGCUGCUUUUCUUUUUACGUGUGUGGUGGAUGGAAGCAUGUCUGCUCUUCCAGCACCAAACCUGCGCUCAUCCAAAAAAAAAAGAAAUCCCAGCAUGCACUCCACUUUCACAGGAGCCUCACUGUUGGUCAUCAAAGCAUCGCCAAGGGUGCGACAUCGCUUGGCCGCUCUGUGAUUAUUGAAUGGCUGGAAUAAAGGAUGAAGUUGCAGACAUGUGGAGGCACUCCCAACUCAAUCAGUGCGUACAGUUCAGUUUUUAUGUUAACAGAGCAGCAUACAAAUCAGCACGUCUUAACAAGUUGAUUAUUUUUCUUUGUAACACUGUAAAUAUCUUAAACCUAGAAUAUUACAAAAAUUGUCCUUCUGGAAUUAAAAAAAAAAGAUCACUAAUCAUUCAUUAUUGUAAAAUCUGAAAUAAAUCCAGUAGACAGUCAACCUUUGUGGUAUCAAAGCCUCUUUAUUUGAAAAUUAGUACAAAGUUUUGCGCUGUUACAAAAUAGUAAACAAGUUACUACAGCCUGCGUAGAUUGUAGCCAGCCAAAGAGGGGAGAAGGCUGGAGUGGGUGAGGGGGGAGGA